GCAGCAGCAGCAGCACCCGGGCUCUCCCCUCGUUAUGUCCGGAUCCGGCUCGCCUCAGACCCGGAGCUGCGUUCCCCACCUCGGGCUCCUCCUCGGCUUUGUGUGUUAGGAGGAGUGUUGUGUUAGUGUUGUGUUUCCUCCUCCGCUGCUGCCGCACAGCGGGCCCGUCCUCUCCGCCCGCUCGGUCCUUCCCAAUGACCGUCCCCCCCCCACGCUCAUGGCGGAGACUAAGAUCAUUUAUCACAUAGACGAGGAGGAGACUCCGUAUCUGGUCAAGCUGUCCGUGUCUCCGGAGAAAGUCACCUUAGCGGAUUUUAAAAAUGUCCUCAACAACAGACCCGUCAACAGCUACAAAUUCUUCUUCAAAUCCAUGGACCAGGAUUUUGGGGUGGUCAAAGAAGAGAUUUCCGAUGACAACGCCAAGCUGCCCUGCUUCAACGGGAGAGUAGUGUCCUGGCUGGUUCUGGCAGAGAGCGCUCACUCGGAUGGAGGGUCUCAGUGCACGGAGAGCCACCCGGAGCUGCCCCCCCCUCUGGAGAGGACAGGAGGCAUCGGAGACUCCCGCCCCCCCUCCUUCCAUGCCAACGCGGUCAGCAGUCGAGACGGCCUGGACACGGAGACGGGAACGGAGUCUCUGCUGAGCCACCGCAGGGAGCGAGAGAGGGAGCGGGCGCGGAGGAGAGCGAGAGAGACUGAGCUCCCUCGCAUCAACGGUCACUCCAAAUCAGAGCGCACUGCCAGAGACUCGGCCAUGGGUUACGACAGCGCCUCAGUAAUGAGCAGCGAGCUGGAGUCCAGCUCCUUUGUUGACAGUGAGGAGGAUGAGGAUGCGAGCAGGCUCAGCAGCUCCACAGAACAAAGUUCUUCUUCGCACCUGAUGCGCAGACACAAGCGCCGCCGACGGAGGCACAAAGUGGCCAAAAUAGACCGGUCCUCAUCCUUCAGCAGCAUCACCGACUCCACGAUGAGCCUCAACAUCAUCACCGUCACACUGAACAUGGAGAAAUACAACUUUUUGGGUAUCAGCAUUGUUGGUCAGAGUAAUGACCGGGGAGAUGGGGGCAUCUACAUCGGCUCCAUCAUGAAGGGAGGAGCUGUGGCUGCUGACGGGAGAAUCGAACCUGGAGACAUGCUCCUCCAGGUGAAUGAUGUGAACUUUGAGAACAUGAGCAAUGACGACGCCGUCAGGAUUCUCAGAGAGAUCGUUUCCAAAACCGGUCCUAUUAGUCUUACCGUUGCCAAAUGCUGGGACCCGUCUCCACGAAGCUACUUCACGAUCCCUCGUGCUGAACCAGUGAGACCCAUUGACCCUGCAGCCUGGAUUUCUCACACCACUGCCCUGACAGGACCUUACCCGCACUACGAGUUUGACGACUUGCCCUUAUCUGCAAGUAAAACGGACAUGGCAACUAUCGUCAAGGUGAUGCAGUUGCCGGACUCCGGCCUCGAGAUCCGAGACAGGAUGUGGUUGAAGAUCACAAUCGCCAACGCAGUCAUCGGUGCUGACGUGGUAGACUGGCUCUACUCCAGAGUGGAAGGAUUCAAGGACCGGCGGGAUGCCAGGAAGUACGCCAGCAGCCUCCUGAAACACGGCUACCUGAGACACACGGUCAACAAGAUCACCUUCUCCGAGCAGUGCUACUACACCUUCGGGGAUCUCUGCCAAAACAUGGCGUCGCUCAACUUGAACGAGGGAUCCAGCGGCGGCGGCUCGGAGCAGGACACCCUGGCACCGCUCCCCCCCACCAGCAACCCCUGGCCCCUGGGCGGGCAGCCGUUCCCCUACCCUCCUUUCCCCUCCGCACCCCCCAGCUUCCCGCCAGGAUACUCCGACCCGUGCCACAGCUUCCACAGCGGGAGCGCAGGCAGCCAGCACAGCGAGGGAAGCCGAAGCAGUGGAUCCAACCCCAGUGCAGGCAAAGGCAGACGCUCCUCCCCACAGGAGAAGGGUCAGAGGUCAACAUGCGGCGAGUCAGAGCCCGCCGUCCGCGGAGGGAGGCGCGUAGACAGGUCCGCCAGCCAGAUCAGCCACCACAGCCACGCCCACUCCAGCCAGAUAAGCCAUCACAGCCACGCCCUCUCCAGCCAGAGCCACGCCCUCUCCAGCCACAGUCACGCCCGGUCAAGCCUCAGCCACAGCCAGUCCCACAGGAGCCACCAUCACUCACAGAACAGCCACGCCCCCUUCACCUACAGCCACGCCCCCUUCACCAAGCCCGCCGCGCCAGGCUCCUGUGCGCAGAGCGAGCGGAGCCACGCCUCCUCCUACGGCCCCCCCGGCUUGCCUCCUCCCUAUUGUCUGGCCCGUCUGGCCCCCAAGACCUCGGUCAGCAGCAGCACGCCCCCCGGAGCCCCCCCCGGGAGAGAGUUAGCGUCCGUUCCUCCCGAGCUCACCGCCAGCCGCCAGUCCUUCCAGCACGCCAUGGGCAACCCCUGUGAGUUCUUUGUUGACAUCAUGUGACAGGACAGUGCCUUGAAAACUCAUCGAGCACAAAACAAUCCUCCACCAACCCGCCCCUCCCUCUAAGAUCUGUUCUGUCUCCAAGUUCCGAAUGUAGACGCUGACUCGGCCUCCACCUCCACCCCCCCCCCGCUGUCUGUCUUUCCCUCUGAUGUCCACACAAAGGACUGAGCACAGCUGGGGGGGGGAGUCCUUUCACACUUACAACCACGGGUCCUCGGCGACUGGAAACCCUCUUUUGUAUUGACGUGACGUGUACAGUUUGUGAAACGGUGAAUUCAAUGUGGUGAUUCUUUAAAGCUGCAGACAUGCUCUCCAGGGGGUCUGCGAGACCUUUAAGAGGUCCGGGGCCUGGAUCUCAAUCCCCAGGACCCAGACCGAAAACCUUCAACCCGCACUUAAGUACUUUUUGAUUUUCUGGGAUCCUUGGACUCGGACUGGAUCUCUCCUGACUCAGAUAGCCAAACAUUUUUUUACUCUUUUCACUGAACCUGUUUCGGCCUCUUUUCCUUUCUGGUGUGGCACUGCCACCGGUUUAUUUAAGUUCUUCACCUGCCAAGACUUCAACAAGGGAGGCCCCCCCCCGCAGCCAGUUUAACUAGGCUGCCUCUUGCAUGACUGUCUCAACUGCUUUAAAGAAAAGACGUUUUAUGAAUACAUUUUGUUUUUAAAGUAUUACCAUUGUUGUGGAGGGGAGGCGUUACCUCUUGCCAAACGUUCUAAAGGAAAGGAAGAAUCCGUACACUGGAUAAAAAUUUUUGAUGUUAUUUAUGUGCCCAUGUUGCGUUGAUGGUGUCAUACUUUGUCUACUUCGACUGACUGACAGACAAUCAGACAUCACCCUUUGUGAACCAGUGGCCAGUUGUGCCCACUGUCCUAGCUGUUCUUUGUCGAAUGUAUCGUUAUUCCUGUCGGUGAUUAAACCCUGACGCUCCGGACAGUUCGGUUCAAACACUUCUACGUGAGCCAAUCAACAAACGUACAGGAUUGCAAACAGUGGACGCCCACCACAGCAGGGUUGGCGUGAGAUAGAACCAGUUUGCUUUUCAAGCAUCAUCGUCGUGACUCUUUCGAGUGUGAGCUUCGGAGAAACAAAAGUUACAAAGCCAAAGCCUCACGUUGUGUAUGAUGGACAUUUGGAAGCUGUUUGUGAUGUAAAUCUCCUCAUGAUUGACUUCAGACACUUCUCAUUUUCGCGAGUUCCAAGUGACUUUAAGGGGAGUCCUGGCCUUCAGACGCUCAUAUCCUUGUAAAACAAUGGAAAACCCCUGUUGUAUCUACCUAAAACAUAGAAAACAAGAAGGAAAACACACACAUACACACACAUGUUGCUCUUUCUAUUGUUGUGAGGACACUCAUUUGACAUAAUGCAUCCCCUGGAUCUGUACACUAACCAUAACCAUCACACAUAUAUGCCUAACUCCUCCCCCUGCCAUUAACUUAAUUCUAACCUAAACCGUAAAACCAAACUCGGCACCGAAGUUGUGAGGACCGGCCAAAAUGUCCCGAAAUGUCCCCACAACGAUUGUUUCCAGCCAGUAUUUGUCCACACAACCAUAGGAAGACAUGUCCACACACACACACACAAACACACACACAUUCUAGCACUUUUCCAUUUUUUUCUCUCCCUCCCUUUAGUAUGAAACACUGUUUGCAAUCAAAAGCUUUCUCUUUAAUUUUGUUUCUUUACAAAAGAAGAAUAAAUUGUACAUAGAAAUUUAUUAUAUAUAUGAAUAAAAGUAUAUAUGUUCAACAUUUGGAUGCAUUUUCAGUGAUAAUCACCUGGAUGUUAACUGAAAUCUGAAAAAAUACACUUUUCUCCCCUUUUUAGGUUGGGCCACUAGAUGGAGACAUCAAAUCUCUCAUUCAUUUGUAUGUUCCUGUUUUGAGUGUUUUUUAUAAAAGUAUAAAACUGUG